GCGGGAUGUGCCAGGAAGUGAAGAGGACGGGAAGAAGGCAAGAUGGCGCUUGGCGGGAGAAGACCUUAUUGUGUCGGUAACACUUCUGUCUUCUUAAUGGCUGCCUACAUGUAGACUUCUACCUUGUUUUACACACUAAACAUUGUUCUUCUUUCUUCGGCUCCGGAUACAUCAGUCGAACUUUCUCCUGCUAGUUAGCUUAGCACGCUAGUUAGCUUAGCUGCUAACAGACGAGCGGUGGUGAUCAAGACGUGACUAAGCAGAGAUCAAAGUGUGAGAGUAAAGUGUCGGGAUUGUGUCAACAUGUGCGAAAGAACCAUAGCAGAGUACAAAGAGGAACUUUGUCCAACAAAAGAGGAGAAGGAGCGACAACGUCAACUACUGGACGUUGUUUGCGACACACUUCAAGUUGUGUUGCACAGGACAGACGUCCAGCAACCCCACCUCUUUAAAGAGGAAGAAGAGGAAGUGUGGAUCUCUCAGGAGGACCCUGAUCUCCCCGAGCUUCCACAGACUGUGAAGACUGAAGACCAUGAAGACAAAGCACCCGAGUCCUCACACCUAAAUCACAGUCCAAAACAUCUUCUCCCUGAGCAGCAGGAGGGGAGCUUCAUGAUGGUGAAGGAGGAGCCACAGACCUCCCACUUUAAAGAGGAAGAGGAGGAGCACAGCAUCAGUCAGGUGGGAGAGCAUCUGGAAUGGUUGGAGGAGUUCUCAGUGGUUGUGAAGAGUGAAGACGGCGAGGUCAAAGCUGAAAGUGAGGAGUUGAGAGAGGCAGAGCCUCCGACAGAAGGUGAUGGAGACCCCUGUGGAGAACCACCUGCAGACAUGAUCUUAGCGCCACUAUCUGAUUUGAUUUCUGAAAUAAGGAACUUUUCAAAACUGGACCGUCAGUCAAAGCAAGACGUGAUAAAUGCUGGGAGACCGACGCCAGAGCUGCCCGAUCUGAUCCAAACGUGCGUGGUCCGAGGGCAGAAAAUAACGCGUUCCUUCCAAAAGGAUUGGUAUACUCGAAAGGACUGGCUUUGUGGCUGCCCCACCAAAAAGCGUCUCUAUUGCUAUCCCUGCCUUCUAUUCUCAAGGGGUGACCGCGUCUGGACCCACAAGGGAUACACCGACCUGAAAAACCUGCCACGAAGCCUGGAAAAGCACGAAAGCUCGUCGGCCCACAUUCAAGGCCAGAUUUCUUUCAAGACGUGUGGGAUGUCACGCGUCGACCUGGCUCUGAAAGAGCAGCGGAGACUGAAUAUCAGCAUCCACAACGCCAACGUCAAGGAAAAUCGGGAGAUACUGAAAGACCUGAUAAACGCCACUUGCUACCUGGGGAAACAGGAGCUCGCAUUUGGUGGAACAAGCUCCUCCGAUGGUGGCAAUUUCGUGCAACUGUUGCACUUGUAUGCGGAGAAAGAUGAGCGUUUAGCGAGGCAGCUAGAAACGUCCUCGGUGUUCACCGGCACGUCCGACGGGAUACAGGACGAUUUGGUCGAAGCAGUCGGCGACGUGAUCAGAAAUGACAUCAAAAGGGAGAUCAAAGCAGCCAGGUUUGUGGCGGUGGAGGUGGACCAGACCACGGACGCCACAAACCAAGCCCAGACAUCUCUCGUUUUACGUUACGUGACCGCGGAGGGAGGCGUGAAGGAGGCCUUUCUGGGAUUUGACCAUGUGGGCGGUGAAGGACGUGCCGCUGCCCUAGCCCAGCGCGUUUUGGGGGUUUUGGAGAAGUACGACUGUGUCGCCAAGCUGGUGGCUCAGACGUACGACGGCGCCUCGGUGACGGCGUCGGAGCUCGACGAGGUGCAGAAUCGGAUCAAAGACCGGAUCCCAGAGGCUAUGUUCACCCACUGUCACGCCCACCACUUGAACCUGGUGCUCUCGCAUUCCGCAAAGUGCAUCCCGGAAUGUAGGGUCUUUUUUAGAACGGUGGAGGGAAUGGCGUCGUUUUUCCGCAAGCCGACAAAACUCUUAACGGAUGAAGUCGUAAAGCGGGGUUUGCCCACCGGAUGGAGCGCAAAUUCCCGUCUGGUGCAGUCACUCGGCGUGUACCAGAGUGACCUGCGCCAGAUACUGCGCAUCAUCGGCGAAAACCCUGACAACUGGGAUAACGACACCCUAAUGAUGGCCGCUGGAUAUGAUGCGUGGUUGUCCAAAACGUCAACAUGCUUUUUGAUCAUGACUUACCAGGACAUUUUCAGUCACACCGACACCCUCUUUAGAACGCUGCAGAGGCAGACUAUGGACGUGGGACUUUGCCGCGCACAGAUACGUGACACCAUGGCGGCUAUUGAGUGCUCGGGACGGGAGUUCCACACCUUCUAUGAUAAGUUUGAGCAGAGAUGCGAGGCCCUGGCUCUGACCGAUGACGGGAGAAGCCAAAGCAGCCUUUCAGUCAAAGAUGAGAGGAAACGGACGUUUGACCAAAUCCUCCAAAAUGUCCACGAGCAAAUGAAAGCCAGGUUCGAUCACUUUGGGGACCUGGCUUUCCUCGGAUUGGUGGAUUGUGCUAGAUUCAAGGAAAUGUCACGGCACUUUGACGACGCCAAACUACAGAGCUUAUCGUCAAAGUACGGCUGCUUUUUUGACCUUGUCAGGCUGAAGUCCGACCUCGUCGGACUGUAUGGUUCACAGCAGGUGAGGAGGGAGUGCAAGUCUCCAGGCCAGCUUCUCAACUUUUUAGUCCAGAAGGAUCUGUUCGGGACUGUCCCUGAAGCCACCAAGUUGCUCCGGCUGGCGCUGACUUUACCUGUGACGGCGGCGUCCGCGGAAAGGUCAUUUUCUACUUUGAAAAGGAUCCAUACGUACAGUCGGAAUAGGACUGACCCAGGACGGCUUUCUUCCCUGGCAAUUAUCUCCAUUGAGGGAGAGAGACUUUCAAAACUCAAAGAAAAAGAGAAAAAGCAGGACUUUUACAACCAAGUCAUAGAGAUCUUCGUCCAGAAGGCAAGACGAAUGGACUUCAUUUACAAGUAAAGGAUCCCAGAAAUGAUCCACUUCAGACCAUGGGCAAGUCUGGAAUGUUAGGUGAAGCCAAUAAUGUACAUCAUCACACACAGCUUUACUGUGCUUACAGUCGACCAAUAAAUGAGGCGUUGAUUUUAUGUCGCCAUCAA